UGCGUGUGUAUAAUAUGUGUGUGUGACUGUGUGACUGUGUGUGUGCUCACUGGCUGUGCUGACGCUGCUUGCAUGUUAAAUUAGCUGGCUGCAGCCUUUCAGGGACAACCUCUUGCGGACCGCCGGAGCCCACAGUGCAAUAAAUAUGGCAGCAGAGCUAUCCACUUCCAUAAACAUCAAGGAGCCCCGGUGGGACCAGAGCACAUUCGUGGGCCGUGCUAAACAUUUCUUCACCGUCACAGACCCCAGGAACAUCCUCCUCACCAACGAACAACUAGAACACGCGCACAAAAUCAUCACUGACUACAGGCAAGGCACAGUCUCUCCGGGUUUGACAGAGGACGAACUGUGGAGAGCCAAAUAUGUUUUUGACUCAGCUUUCCAUCCCGAUACCGGGGAGAAGAUGAUCCUCAUCGGACGCAUGUCAGCACAGGUUCCAAUGAACAUGACGAUCACUGGAUGCAUGAUGACCUUUUACAAGACAACUCCGGCUGUGUUGCUCUGGCAGUGGAUCAAUCAGUCUUUCAACGCAAUAGUCAACUACACCAACAGGAGUGGCGACGCUCCAAUCACAGUCAGUCAGCUUGGCACAGCUUAUGUGUCUGCCACCACGGGGGCAGUUGCCACCGCUCUAGGACUAAAUGCACUAACAAAGCACAUCUCACCCCUGAUUGGACGGUUUGUUCCAUUUGCUGCUGUAGCUGCUGCUAACUGUAUCAACAUCCCACUGAUGAGACAAAGAGAACUUAAACACGGCAUUCCUGUAACAGACGAGAAUGACAACAGGUUAGGAGAGUCGACGAACGCAGCACAGCAGGCCAUCUCUCAGGUUGUGGUCUCCAGAAUCCUCAUGGCUUCACCAGGAAUGGCUAUUCCCCCGUUUUUAAUGAACCAUUUGGAAAAGAAGGCCUUUCUGAGGAAGUUCCCAUGGAUGAGUGCACCUAUUCAAGUCAGCUUGGUGGGAUUCUGCCUGGUGUUUGCCACCCCGCUGUGCUGUGCAUUGUUCCCUCAGAAGAGCUCUAUAUCGGUCAGCCGCUUGGAGCCGGAGCUGCAGGAGAAGAUCCGGGCCAACCACCCAGGAGUGGAGAGGGUGUACUUCAACAAAGGGCUAUGAGUGUGCGGCCCCCUCAUCCAAACACUGCCAUAACACAGCUGCAGGUUCAGUCGUCGCCUCUCUGCCAGCCCUCCUCAUUCAGUGUGCCAAAGUUAAGUUUGUGUCUCCUCAUUUCCACCAUUCAGAUGGACAUCUGAGGACUCCC